AUGUUCAAAAACGGCACUAUCUGUUGGUCAUCACUUCCACAAGGUGUUGCAGGCAGGAAGGCAGCAGAAAAUGACAUAAAAAUGACUCCAGGACCCACACGACUAGCCAUCUCCCAUGCAGCUGACAUUCUGUCCACAUUCAAGCUCUUCCUCCGUCCGGCCAUUGAAAAAAUUGCCAUUGAAAUGACAAAUGUGGAGGGGGUUCGUCGCUAUGGCCAAGAAUGGAAGACCAUGGACGUCACUGACCUGCAUGCCUACAUAGGGCUUCUAAUACUGGCUGGUGUCUACAGAUCCCGGGGUGAGGCAGCUUCUAGUCUCUGGAAUGAUGAGACGGGAAGACCCAUUUUUCGAGCCACCAUGUCGCUGGGAAAGUUUCACACCAUAUCAGCAGUGCUCAGAUUUGAUGAUCGUGAGACAAGACCUGCACUGCGCAUCGCUGACAAACUGGCAGCCAUCAGGGAUGUCUGGGAUAAGUGGGUGCAACAGCUGCCUCUCAUGUACAAUCCCGGUCCUGAUGUCACUGUGGAUGAAAGACUGGUUCCAUUCAAAGGUAAGAAUGGUCUUUUAUUGUUGACAAUGCCUCAGUAUGGCUCAGUCAUAUCAAAUGGUCAGAUUUCAGACCAAAUUCUCUGAUAUCCUAUGCAAUUCUAUAUGCAAAGGACAUUGUAAAAAACAAGCUAGAGUAGUAGGAUGGAAAUAAUUUUUCUCUGUUUUGUGUUUUCUACAGGUCGCUGUCCUUUUCGUCAGUAUAUGCCAAGCAAACCUGGAAAAUAUGGCAUCAAGUUAUGGGUUGCUUGUGAUGCACGCUCAAAUUACGCUUGGAACAUGCAAGUUUACACAGGGAAGCCAGCUAGUGGAGCUCCAGAGAAAAAAACAAGGCAUGCGUGUUGUCCUGGAGAUGACAGAAGGGCUGAGAGGACACAAUGUGACCUGUGAUAACUUCUUCACAUCUCGUGAGCUGGGUCAGGUGCUGCUGAAGAAGAGAAUCACAAUGGUUGGCACUGUGAGGAGGAAUAAACCUGAGCUACCACCUGCCCUAACUGCAACAAGAGGAAGAGAGGUCUUUUCUUCCAAGUUUGCCUUUACUCAGGACACCACAGUCGUCUCAUGUAUGCCAAAGAACAGCAAGAAUGUGAUCCUUAUGAGCACACUACACAAGGCUGCAGAGGUAAGCACUAGGGAAGACAAAAAAACAGCCAUCAUCCUGGACUACAAUGCCAACAAAGGCGGGGUGGACAAUCUAGAUAAGGUCACAGGCACAUACAGCUGCAAGAGGAAAACUGCCCGCUGGCCCCUUAUCCUAUUCCACAAUAUCAUUGAUGUAUCCACGUACAAUGCCUUCAUAAUUUGGAGUGAGCUAAACCCAUCCUGGCGGGCAAGCAAGAGGAACUGGAGGAGGUUCUUUUUGGAGGAACUUGGAAAGGCCCUUGUGGCUCCUUCCAUGGAAAAACGGCGACAUCUCCCCCGCACAGAAGCCUCAGCAGCAUUGGUGAGGGCAGUGCAGCAGUCUGAGCCUGGCCCUGAUCAAACAGCAUCCACAGGGGCACAGAAGAGAAAGAGAUGCAGCCUCUGCCCUGCAAAAAAAGACAGCAAAACUGGGACAACCUGCUGCAAAUGUGGCAAACACAUGUGCAAGCUGCACACACGUAAAGUGUCCUACCUUUGCUGUGAAUGCGGAGAAGAGCAGUGAGGACAGUGACCAAAAGAGAGAACAGUGUUCAAUAUAAAGUUUGUUGAUCAAUAAAAUAUUUUCAAAUCAUUGUGAAUUCUAUAUUCUUUAAUUUCUUACAUAAUAUUACAUGACAUUAUCCUGUGUAAUAGAAAUUCUUCUCUAAAACAUAUAUUUCACCAAAAACGAGUGGUGUUAAAACUUAAAAAAUACACUUUUCCUGCUCUUUGAAAAUUUUAGAAAGGACUAAUCAAUAAUUUUUUGAAGUAGCACAGAUCAUUUAAACAUUAUGAAUAGGUUUGGGGUUAGAACUACAGUGAAAAUACUUGCUUCAUGGGAAAUUCUUGGUCCGGGUCAAUUUUGACCCGGAAAGUACUGUGAGGGUGCAGAAUUUGAACAGUAUGUGAGGGUUAAGUUAUUACACUAUGAGCCGUUAUUACAUUAUGAGCCAUUUUAACCAUAAUGAGCUGCUACACCCGCCUCUGGGAUCCUUCUGAAUUUGGUGUCAAAUGUUGGUUUUGGAAAGCAAGAACUGACUAAACCUGGAUGAAAGGCCAGCUUUGGAAAAAAUAAAAUAAAAUAAAAGAGAGGAAUUGACCAAAUGAAGAGAUAUCAAGUCCACAUAGUCUGUGCUCAUGGCCUAGUCCCUUACUUGGUGGAUUCACAAGUUAAACAUCAUUUUUUUUCUAAUAGGGUUAUACAGAUGAUUUAGAGCAAUCUAAUGAAAAAUUUUCUUGUACUUUGACCACAGCAGUGCAGUGUUUAUGUUGACUUGCUUAGAGAAAUUUAGAGAGAAACUGUAUAUCAGCUUGCAGCAGAAAGCACUGCCUUUAGUCCCGGCUCUGUGAGCUGGAAGACACUUCUUUCGGGAACCUCCAAGCAGUAAUGAUCUGACCUUGCCUCAGAGAAGGCCAUCCAAAGCCAAGACUUUGUCAGUUGGAGAGAUCCUCAUCUGAAAAGACAAGAAGAUGAUUCCAACCCGCUGCUUCAUUUGAUGCAGGGGUGACCACCAACAUGCUCCCCCAGUUUGACCCUAAUCCCUCUGCCACUCGAGAGGAGCAAGUUACUGUCACAUGCACCCUCCAUCUCUGGGAAAGUGAGCAGAUCUGAGAGCCCAUUACUGUUACGGCUGUAUGUUUGUGUGUGGUUUUUCCCCCUUUUGUCUUCCUUAGAUCUGCCCAGGCGAAGUCACUUACUGACAAUCAGCCUCACCUGGUCCGGAGGGUUUAAAACCCAGGAGCUGCCUGCAGAGGGGAAAGGCAUUAGGAGUGGAAGUGCUGCCCCGCUGCCUCUCAUUCAGGGGAUUCUUGUGUUUUGUAUUGUUUCUGUGUUAAAGUUAAAUUGUUAAUUUGCUCUUUCGUUGAUCUUUGAGGAAUUAUUUAAUUUUAUGUUGUUUUUUUUGUUGUUGUUUUUUUCAAUAAAUGUCUCGUUUAAUUUUUGAGGGUGUUUCCUGUUACUUUUAAUGGGUCAAAGUGCAAGUAGUCAUUGGCCCCAUAGGGCUGCCUUAGGGUGGAGGGUAACAUUACUGAUAAACUGAUUUUACAGCAUUAAUGACAGCUAAUGACUGUUUUCUAUUGAUGGCGCUUGUGCAUGCCAAUAAUCUGGCAAUGCGGAGAAAUCUUGAAAGGUCCUUGCACAUGAACAAUGCAGUAUUAUUGACACAAUGAGUGACCAAAUUGACACUGACAGGGAAAUUACAAAAUUAAUGUUUCACCCUAGGUUUUCAAUCCAGGCUCUCCAUGUACCAUUAGUCAAAAGGGCUUUCCAUUGACAUGUAGACUGACAUUUAGUAGAAGUAUUCUUUCAGCUGUGACAGCAAGAAAUGUGAGCUCACUGAGGCACAAUGUUAUUCAGCUCCAGUACCCAGUUGUUUUAUAAAAGGCAUCUGUUUUUAUUUAUGCUUAGACAUUAUAGAGAUUUAAAACAGGAUGAAGAGGGUGCUUAAAAACCUAAACCGUCAUCUCCAUAUUCUCCAGCUGAGUAGGCUUCACUGGAGUGAGAGAAUGAAAAUUACAGCCUGUCAGGCAUCAAAGACAUAGAGAAAUGGGGAAAUGGUGGACUUUUAACAGCCAUCCCUUUUAGAUACCCACAAAAACAUUCUUGCAGGUCCGUUAAACACUGUGUCAGGCAAGGUCACUCCCCCUUAGUUAAGUCUGAGGGGAAAUUGAACCCACAUUUAAAGAUUAAACAUUACAUCAGUUGAGGCAAAAGCUUAAUUGGGCUGAUAUGCCUUGAUGUAAACACAGUACUUGCAGGUGUGCAAGCCCUUAAGGCAUAUGAGGAAUAAGUACUUUGUGAUUUUCAUUUAUUACCACAGUUUGAAUUUGUUAUUUAUUUAAACAUUUAAAAUAAGUAAUUUUAUGUAAAUAAGCCUAAGCCACCAGCAGUGUUGUCUAAACAUACCAGACUUCUUGAUGUUUAAUUACUUCCCCACCCAAUAUUAGUUUAAUAUUACUUCUUUACUAAAACAGUGAGGACAGCCAACAGUAGUCUGAGCAUGCAGAUUCCACACAUCUCAUUAAAACAUGCACAGCAUGCAAUACAGGCAUUUAAUUACUUUCCAAAGUAAGCAAUAUAAUUGAGGAUCAUGACUUUCUUCCCUCCUGAGUUUCACUUUGCUGCAAAAAAACACAACAGUGAAACUAAGAAAGUCAUCAGUGUUUCUAUGUUUGCACCAGCACAUAACCACAUUUUUUGGACAAUGCACCGCAAUUGUACUUGUGCUUCUUCUGUUUUUUUUCCCCCAUUUCAUAUUUGCUUGUGUAGAAAAAUAAGAUAAUACUCACUGAGAUUCAAGGACCAUUUGAUGUUCAGACUUUUAAACAGGAUACAUAACAGCAUAAAACCCAUUUCCUUUCUUUUUUUUUUUUUUUUUUGGACUUAAGGAAAAUAAAACGAGUCUCACAGUAAAAUGCUUUUUUGUCUGGGAAAGGUUCACAGGUUCCCCAUGUUAAUAGAUCAUUGCUUUGAAUAAUGAAGUGUAAGUGUGAGACAAUGAAAAAAAGUGUCUUAGCAUAACAACUAUUAGUUGGUAGUUUAAACAAUAAUCCAAAGUUACAAUAUCCUUUGUGCACCUUAAAAUGUGGACACACUCACUCAUGUUAGCACAUAGCUGUAUGUGUAAAUUACAACUUGAACCUUGCAAUUCUAGUUUAAAUUCAAAAGCAGCUUAUUAUCAAGCUAUGAAUGUUAUGCAGUGAUACCCUGCAGUGGCUGCUGGUGUGUUAUGUCCAAUAAAACAACAGCUGAUCCUGUUAGCAGCUCUUCGCCCCCUGGUCACAACCACUAUAACGCCUGGUUCACACAGGAGGCUGACGCGCCGCGCUCGAAGCGCUGGCACGCGCACGCUUGGCUGUUCACAAAUAAAGCAUUUUCUGCUGCGCUCUGACGCGCCGGUCAGACAUCGACUGAGCCCGGCUGUUUCCGUCUGCCCUCAGUUUUCCACACUCAUGAGCGCUUUAAACAUGGGUAAAUCAAUAUUUAUUUACAUUUUUAUUAUGUCAUACAUAAAUUAAAUAUUGGCAGCAUCUUCAAGUAUUGUUUUAAAUGAUUAUAUAGGGGUAAACAACAGUUAAUUAGGGAAUCUGUUGACUCCGUUGUAUGUGUAGCCUUGUUAGCUCGAGGCUAUUGACUCUAUCGUAAUAAAGUCCCCCUCCUUUGUCUCAAUAACAUCACUGAAUCUCUGCAGCUCUCCCUCCAUGUGUGUGUGUGUGUGUGUGUGUGUGUGUUUGUGCGUGCAUGCGUGUUCAUUGGGAAAAAAUAGACAGACAAGCAACACCAUAAAUCCUUUUUUUCUAAUUUAUUGAAAUAUAUUUUAUUUUGACAAUUGACCGGAUUCUCAUGCAUCUCCUGUUCCCGACUUCCUGUCUGGUCCGAUCUGGUCUGUCCAGCUUUACAAUUGGCGCUUGCAGCGCGUGUGGCUCGCACGAAAAAUAGAGAGAAGCGUAGCGGCUGCGCCUCAGAGCGCCUUCCUGUGUGAACGGUCACAUAGGUUAACAUGGGCGCCGAUCUGAAACUCGGUGCGUGGCGCUUCCUGUGUGAACCAGGCGUCAAGCUAACAUCAAGCUAGUUUCAAAGAAAGAGGAAACUGGUGCUAAGAGUUCUCCAGUGAUGCCGAUCAGGUGACAAGCUUCAAUCUACAAUUACUUUUAUAUGAUUGCAUAUUAUAAAAUAGUCUGCUAGCAUUAGCUCUCCAUCCCUUCGCUACCACUGUGAAUGUUAACGUGUGUGACAGGAAAAUAUAGUGAGCAGUUAACUAUAGGGUUGCCAACUUCAAGAGAUUGAAAUAAUGGACAGUUAAUCUGAAUCCAAAAAAUGUUUGGUGUCCCUUAUAAAAUUUGGGUGUCUCUUAUUUCAGGCCAGGCCGAAAAAUGUGGGGAUUUAGGUUGGGUCAACACUUUAUUACAGUUAACUGUAAUUAUAUAACCUCCUUAAAAUAUUACAAACUAAAACAUCACAUCCUAUUGUAAAUCAGUAAACAUGAGUUUUCCAGGUUUGGCCUUGCAAAAAACAAACCAAAAAACAAAGACUAACUUCUCUGGCAAGUUGCACCCCCUGUUGGCAAAUCCUAAAACUGCCUAUGGAACCAGAGAGGACAUAAUCACACACCCCUUAGUACGUACUUGUGUCCAGAGCUGUGUAAAACUGAAAGCCUCAUUACAGCAUAGCUGCAGAGAUUUCUGUUACAGUUGCUAUGCAUAACUCGCUCUUGUUAACAACCCAUAGCUGGUAGUCUGCUGUGUUUUGUAACUCGUCCCAUAGCUCAGCUGCCAAGCUGCUGAUGUGAGCCUGUGACAGUGUGUUAGGCAGAGAGAUGCUGUCAGAAAAUACGGGAAAAGGAGCAUCCCGUUUUAGUUCAUUACGGGACAUGUCUUUUUGUUUUCAAAUACAGUACGAUCCCGAUUUUUACAGUACAGUUUGGAACCCUAGUUAACUAUUACUAACUUAUUUUCCCAUCCUUAGACUCACUUUUCUUUUGUUUCAAGGCAGACUCCUCUUGCUAAUACAAGCAGUUUAAGAAAUUGGCACUUUUUUGGUUUACACAUGGUUCUCGCUCAAACAAUCACAGUAUAGCGAAAAAAUAAAACACAGGAGUAGUAAGAAAAAUGCAGUAAUGAUGGUUUUUAUUCACAUCCAUCCUUCAAAGUGCAAAAAUAUUUAUAAAUAAAUAAAAAUGCCAACAGGGCAAGAGUUCUACAAUAACUCAUAAAUUCACACUUAGAACCAGAAACACAGCAGCAAUACAAUCUUGCACUAGUUUGCAUCUGAUUUUAAUGAGGUCGUUAGAGUAAAUAACCAAAAAGAAGCCAAAAGGUGUUAAUGAGUAAACCAAAUAAUCCCAGAACACAUCCACUCCUUUAACCAACUGUUAUAUUGAACUUUUCUCAGUUGAAAAUCUGUUAAUUGUACAGGAGCAAAGUAAAUCCAGAGCCAGUGUGAACCAGCCUACAGCAGUCAUUUGGAAAGCAUUUUUUUUUUUUUUUUACAUUGUGGAUUAUUGCUUGAUGAUGUCAAGCCUUAAUAAUGUUCAAACUACAGAUGAAACUAAUGAAUACAUAUUUAAAAUGUUACAGCAAAAAUAUAUGGGGGGCAUGUCCCCUUGAUUCCCCUACUCACUCACACUGUCAAAGCAUUAAACUGAAGUCAGGAUGUGAAAAUGCUCAUAAAAAUAACUACUUAACAUCGACAACUCUGGGGAACUUGAUGCAUGGUUACGGGCCUUUUCGGGACAUUUGUAUUUCAUUGCUGAGAAAGACAUAUCUGUGUGGUGCUUUUAAUGAGUUUGUCUGCUGAGCUUUUUUUUAAGGCUUUUUAUAUGUUGACAUAGGUAUAAUUUCAGUGGCUAAUAAUUAAUGUUACAAGUGGCACAUUACCUGGAGGUGCUCAGGUUCUGAUGGGCAGCCUCUCUACAGGGGGAUAUUGCACAUUCUACAGGCAUCUAGUGGUUCUGACACUUUUACCACCCACACACCAAGGUUGGCUGUUACAGCUACUUAAGAGCUGAGACAAUAAUUUAUACCUCCAAGCUGAGGAGUUCAUAUAUCAUCCCAUUUACAAUAAGUUAUGAGUAGGACAUAGCAGAAGAUUUACUGCACAUACAUGGCACCGAGUGAAAGUUAGUGUCAACUUUUAGAUGACUGAAGGCAAUGUCAUUAUCUGUUCACAUUUUAUUGGUGACUUUUACAGCUUUUCUAAUAUUGAUUUUGCAAUCACCUUCAGUCUAAAGACAAGACAAGGAGCAAUUAACGGACCACUCUUAGGACAAAAAUAUCUUCAAACAUCUUAAUUACCUAUCACGCCGCAAGAUUUUUUAACGAGUAACUACAAACUAAUGUCUUAAUUGCCCUUGAAUUAUGUGGAUCAUGCAAGUUAAACUCUGAUUUUAAUACUCUGUGCUGUGCGUAUUGCAAAAAAAAAAAAGACUGGCAAAAGUGAUAAUUAUUGUCAUAUCGUAUUUGAUGUUAUGAAGUGACAAUGCAAUAACCUAGUAUGUUUUUCUAAUUUAAAAACAUUUCAUUAGGGUUUAACUUUUUCUUUUUACCACUGGUGCUAUCAUAGAGAGGCAAUGAUGCAGACAAAAGCCAGUGCCACUGAGGAUUUAAAGGUUCCCAGCACCACAUUUCUCUGAGACUUUUUCAUCUUUAGACCAACACAAGUGAACUGUGUAAUAAUACAUUUUGUUAUCACAGAAAAAGUUGUCACCUGUUAACUUUUAAUCUGGUACCCUAAAAGCUUUACACAUAGGUGUUCUCUGCAGUUUUCUAUGACUUACACUCCAGCUCAGGCUGCAGUUUUGCAAAACAGUAAAGCAAUUACAGAAGAUCUGCAAACUGGUUUUAUUAAAAAUAAUAUAAAAGAUACAGAUAGCACUUUAUGUAAAGAGGAAAUGAAUUGCUUGUCUUGCCACUGCAGCUAUAACAGCUGAUAGCAGAGCCCAGCGUGUACACACUACUGAGGACUAAUCGAGUAGCAAGAGAGAACACCUCUCACAUUCAGACUGCAUGAGUCUGCUCAGCAUCAAAGCUGCUGUGGCAAUCAGAAUCAGAAGGGGUUUUAUUGCCAUUGUCGAUGAACAGGGUUCACAAACUAGGAAUUUGUUUUGGCAUGAUGGUGCAACAACAAACAGAGAGAAAUAUAAAAUACUAUGAUAAACUAAUAAGAGCAUGCAAGAAAUAUAUAAAGUAUAAAAAUAUAAAAGUAUAAAAGCUUAUGUACAAUGCUAUGUGCAAUAAGUAUAAAAGGCUAUGUACAACUAAACAAUCUAGAUCUACAGUGCAGUGCAAGGAGUGCAAUUAAAAAAUCCAAAUACAUUAAACUAAAAUGACCAGUGAUAAAGUGCCGGUGUUAAAGUGACUGAGUUAUAAAGUGUUCAUGAGUCUGACGGCAGAGGGGAAGAAACUGUUCUCAUGGUGGGAGAUUCUGGUCCGAAUGGACCGUAGCCUCCUGCCCCAGGGGAGUGUCUCAAGUAGUCCAUGUGCAGGGUGAGAAGGGUCAGCUGUGAUCUGACCUGCUCGGCCCCGAGUCCUGGAGACGUACAGGUCAUGGAGAGAUGGAAGGCUACAGCUGAUCACCCUCUCAGCAGAGCCCACAAUGCGCAGCAGUCUGUGUCCGUCCCUGGCAGUGCCCCCGGCGUACCACACCGUGAUGGAGGAGCUGAGGAUGGACUUGAUGAUGGCCGUGUAGAACUGCACCAUCAGCUGGACCGGCAGCUUGGCUUUCCUCAGCUGCUGCAGGAAGUGCAUCCUCUGCUGGGCCUUCUUGAUGAGGGAGCUGAUAGUUGGCUCCCACUUGAGGUCCUGGGUGAUGGUGGUGCCGAGGAAGCGGUAACAGUCCACAGUGGUGAUGGGGGAGUUGGUGAGGUCGAGGGAGGGCAGGGGGGCUGUGGCUUUCCUGAAGUCCACAAUCAUCUCCACUGUCUUCUGGGCGUUGAGUUCUAGAUUGAUGCUGCAGCACCAGGUCACCAGCCGGUCCACCUCCAUCCUAUAGGCAGACUCAUCUCCAUCCGAAAUGAGUCCGAUGAGGGUGGUGUCAUCUGCAAACUUGAUGAGCUUUACGGAGGUAUGGUUGGAGGUGCAGCAGUUGGUGUACAGGGAGAAGAGCAGAGGGGAAAGUACACAGCCCUGUGGAGAUCCUGUGCUGAGAGUCUGAGUGUCCGAGACAUUCUUCCCCAACCGCACACACUGACUCUGGUCCGUCAGGAAGUCUGUGACGCAACUGGAGGUGGAGUCAGGCACGUGGAGCAGGAAAGCUUGAUCUGGAGCAAAGCUGGAAGGAUGGUGUUGAAUGCAGAGCUGAAGUCCACGAACAAAAUCCUUGCAUAGGUUCCUGGGGAGUCCAGGUGCUGCAGGAUGAAGUGCAGAGCCAGGUUUAUGGCGUUGUCCACAGACCUGUUGGCUCUGUAGACAAACUGCAGAGGGUCCAGGAGGGGGUCGGUGAUGGACUUCAGGUGGGAUAAGACCAGGCGUUCAAAGGUCUUCAUGACUACAGACGUAAGAGCAACCGGCCUGUAGUCAUUAAGUCUAGUUAUGCAAGGUUUCUUGGGGACGGGAACAAUGAUGGAGGGCUUGAAACAGGCUGGAACAUGGCAUGACUCCAGGGAGGUGUUGAAGAUCCCCUUGAAGACUGGAGCUAGCUCAUCAGCGCAGUGUCUCAGAGUGGCAGGAGAGACACAGUCCGGGCCAGCAGCCUUGUGUGGACUCAGCCACUUAAACAGUCUGUUUACUUCCUCUUCAUGGACCAAGAGAGCAGCGGGGGGAGGGGGUAGGUCCAGAGUGGUUGGAUUUCCAGUUGUGUGGGGGGUGAGGGGAUGUGAGUCCAUGACUUCGAAGCGUGAAUAGAAGUCGUUCAGGUCGUUGGCUAGUUUCAAGUCGUCAGUUGAAAGAGGUGCUUUGGGCUUGUAGUUUGUUAUCUCUUUAAACCCCCUCCACACCGAGGCAGGGUCAUUGGCAGAAAAUCUUUGCUCCAGACGUGCAUUGUAUCUUUCUUUAGCCUUUGCCACCUCCUUGCUAAAACUGUACUUGGCACAUUUGUAGCAGUCUCUGUCACCUUCCCUGAAAGCCACCUCUUUCUGCUGACGGAGCUGCUGGAGUUUUGAUGUAAACCAGGGCUUGUCGUUGUUGUAUUUCACCCUGGUACGCUGUAGGAUGAUGUUGUCUUCAUAGAAAUGAAUAUACAACGUCAUAGUGUCUGUGUAAUCGUCUAAAAUGUCUGUAGAAGCCUUAAACAUAUCCUAGUUCGUGGUGCCCAAGCACGUGCGUAGCUCCUCCACAGCUUCACUGGUCCACACUUUGGAUGUCCUCACUACAGGUUUAUAGAGUUUUAGUCUCUGUCUGUAUGCAGGGAUCAGGUGAACCAUGGCGUGAUCUGAGAGUCCCAAAGCUGCACGAGCCACAGCGCGAUAGGCACCACUCACUGUAGUGUAACAGUGAUCUAAUGUGUUCCCCUCUCUGGUUGGGCAUGUUACAAACUGUUUGUAUUUUGGUAGUUCCUGACUGAGAUUUCCUUUGUUAAAAUCACCAAUGAUUAUAACUAAGGAGUCUGGAAUCCUUGAAUUACCUUACCUAUGUUUACUGAAAUAUCCAGUAAAAAUGGAACAGAAUGAUUUUUUCGUAAGUCGUAUUUUUACCAUCUGAAUAACAUCUUUCAAAAUGUUCUUUCUCUACAAAUGAAGGGGAAAAGGCUAAAUGGUUCUCAUCUGCUCAUUGUUAGCUCACAAGUCAUAGCUAUUAGCUAGUUCAUUGUUUGUUUUAGUCUCCUGCUUGAAAAAUUGUAAGGAGGUAAAAUUUUGUACAUUUUUCAAAUAGUUUUUUUUUCUGCUGGAAACAAGGUGAUCUUAACUGUUGGGCUACACAUUGUAGCUGUAGUUGGUCUCUAUGAGGGACCACUUGUUUUCAAAUGGAGCCAAACAUUUACCUUAAUGAGCAGCCACUCUUCCAGAAAUGCAACAGCAAAUGAGUAACUGAUGUAAAUGUGUAUCUUUGCAGUUAUUACCUUAUAAUGUUACUGUACUGCAUCUAUAUUGCUGCUCUUUUGCCACCAGCUCCUGGGGAAAGUCAUUUACUUAAAGAUGCAAAAUUUGUUUGUUUGAUCCAAGCUUUCCGUUUAGGUGCAGGGCAGGUCAUUGUUUCUAAGUUAAUAUAGGUUUAUUCAUUUAAAACAGCUGCCUGCUGCUGUUUUGGGAGGUGAGACUGAUCUUAUGAAGACUGAAUUAGAAAGCAGAAGCAUUGGCAAGACAUGUACAGAUAUAAGAACAUAUAAUGAAAGUUUGAAAUGCUCUUAUGGUUUGUCACAAUAAGCAAUGUGUUUGACAUUACAUAUUGUCCUUUUAUGCACCAUUGAUAUGGAAAUAAAGUUAAGUGCAGUUCAAAGAUAUAGCCAGGUGUAUUUAAAAAAAAAAAAAAAAACUUUUUUCAUGCUGGAGUCUUAAAAUAAUAAAACUGUGACCUACAGCAAUACAUCACUGCUGAAUUGUGUUGCAUCACUGCAGUCAGUUAAAAUUAGUAAUCAUGUUGUGGCAGCAUUUGAACAUUUUGUUCUGUUUCACAAAAAAUAGUUUGGAUGAACUACAGUGGGGGAAAAAUUGACAAAGUUUCAUCAACUUUAAACUGUUAAAGGCUGAACUAUCUUAAUUUAGGUUUCCUUGUCUAAUUCCAUCAGUUGAAUAAUCAAGGAUGAGUCUAAAAGGAUGCAAAAUUUGUUGCAUCUACAGUAAAACCCCACAAAUUUACAGUGUAUCCAUGUAAGUUCUUAAAUAAGGUCAGUAUCUCUCCAUCAUAUAAAUGGCACCUUGUACUUCUUGGCCUUAGCUGAACACUUUUACCUACAUUAUUAUGAUGAGCCUGAGGCAUCGUUCUUCGGAUAGCUAAAUAUAGCUCAAGGCUGCAAGGAUGAAUUGAAGGCGAUGUGAUAUCAGAGAGGGAAAUUACUUGAGCUUAAUGAAGUACAUAACUCAUGGCUCACAUACUGCAUACUGUAUAGCACACUCUCUCAAUCUGUGAGGACAGUUUAGAGGGCACUACACACACUUGUAGAGGGUAAUAGUUCAUUUGCAAGCAUGCUUCUCUACUGAGACCUCUUUCCAGCUUGACCCAGUUUAUGGGCGGAAAUUAUGACUCAAUCAUCACUUUGAAUGGUUGUUGAAUCAUUUUAACUGAUAAUAGGUUUUGUAUUUCUGGUGGGUCAGGUGUUAAGGGGCUUAGCGAGGCAAAUGGGGCUUUAAGUGGUAAAAACACUCAUGUAUAUGGUAUUUAACAUGUGUUUUCGGUGCACAGUGGAGUAUUCAUAUUAACAGUGAGAGAGAAGUACCACAUUCAUAGCAAAAGGGCUGUUUUUGAAAGUAUUUCUUAGUACAGUUAAACAGACUUGAAUAGAUGAGACUGAACAUAUUUAUUCAAAUUGUUUAUGACCAAAAUCGUACCAUUCACAUCAGGAUUUGUGAAUGAACUAUACAUUUUAAACACCAAUCUAUAGAUUCAGGAAACCAGACCUGGCUUCAUUAAAUCCUACCUCUAAGGUUUGUCAUGUGUGCCAUUGAGUACAAUGUGUCUUUUGAAAAAUAUACUUAUAGUCAAAUGUUAUGCAAUGAGCAAAAGGAAUUAUAAAAAGUCAAAAUUAAAAUUAGCUUUUGACAUUUUAUCAUGCAUUGCACCUUACACACACACACACCAGUUUGUACAACAGGCAGUAUGUUACUAUUGUAACUGCAGGUGAGGGUAGUUUUUAUCUCUGAAUUCUCUGUAUUCUGAUUUGAGGGUUUUGGGGAGAUACAACCAGGUGAUAAAAAAAGAGACACACCAUUAUUACAUAAACUGUUCAUAUACUACAACCAGUGCUUUUCUAGCUGUGAGGUUUUAGAAGAUUUAACUUCUUUACUCCUCAAACAAAAAAUUCAAUAACACCAUAUGAGAAACUGACACACAUACACAAAAAAGUUAGGAACCACUACUUUGAUCUUAACAUUGCACUGUACUUUUAAAGGUAACCAUGUAACUUUUUGGAUAAAACCAAGAUGUGUAGCUAUCAUUAAGAGUGUAAAAGGUUCAUUUCCUCAACAUCAGUCCAUCAGAUAUGCACAACUGCCCUCAUGAUUGUUCUUGAGUCAGAUACAUGAGUAAAUUAACCCUGUUACUUCCCAUUACUGCUGGUCAGAGCUGUACAACUUCAGGCAAUGCUUCGACUCCUAUUCCAGGGCAGAUAUUGUGUGUGGUUUUCCAACCUUUCCAAGGUUCCAAAUGCUCCAGUAUCCUUCUGACAAAGGUAUUUGUAGCAUCAAAGGCAUCUCAGACCAAAUAAACCCACAAAGAAUGUUUUAUCAGAGCACCAAAGAGGGUUAGUGACGUUUUUUCGUGGGGUUAACCGUUUCCAAAUGGUUGGGGUAGUAGAUUGGAAGUGAAGGGCGUGCUCCUGGGUGAGAGAGGGGAGAGUGGAUGAGAGAGCGGCCCUAAUGCGGCAUCUCAUUACAACCUCUGUCAGGAUCCCUCUAUUCUACCAUCAGCUCCCCUUAACUUGGUAAGAGCCCAACUGUCGUUUCGAGUGAGUGUGCCGCCAAGGAGGCAUUUACAAAUAAAUGAAAAAUGUCACAUUUGAUUUCACUCCUCUCCGACUGCAGCGCCUCAGCUUUGUCACAAACUGUCUUUGUUGUUCUGGUCUCUCGCAGGUCCCGCUCCCGGUCGCUGUGGAUAGGUUCUGGCAGGUUCAGGCCCUCUGCGUCUCUCCCAGG